ACUUUGGUAAAAUAAAAAAUCUAUUUCAAUUUCAAACAAGAAGUGGAAGUGAUAACAUUAUUUUUGUAAAUACAAAGUUUUUUUGUUUUAUCUUUCUUCACGCAUAACAUGACUCACUUAUUCUAAUAAAUAAAUUAUUGUUCACGAGAUUCAAAGUUCAUAAGUACUCUUAUACAAAAACAAAACCAUCCCAGUGAAGUGACAAAAAGAAAGGAAAACGAACAAAAAUUUAUAAAAUGUCCUCAUCGACGGCAGCUUCAUCUCCUGCUGCCAAUGCCAACCCAAACAACAAUCAAUCACCCUCUGUUGCAUUCUCCGAUCUCUACUCACAAGAUGAAUUCUAUAUUGGUCUGGGAUUAGCAAUUUCGUCUUGUUUCUUUAUUGGUUCAAGUUUUAUUAUUAAAAAGAAGGCUUUGUUGAGAUUGAGUAAAUUGGGCGAGGUUCGUGCUGGGUCUGGAGGAUUUGGAUAUCUACGCGAAUGGAUAUGGUGGGCUGGAUUGUUGACAAUGGGCAUCGGUGAGGCAGCAAACUUCACAGCGUAUGCGUUUGCACCCGCCUCCUUGGUAACGCCGCUAGGAGCUUUGAGUGUCAUCAUUUCUGCUGUGAUGGCUUCGAAAUUUCUCAAUGAAAAAUUAAAUCUACUCGGAAAACUCGGAUGUUUUCUUUGCAUUUUGGGAUCAACAAUAAUAGUGCUGCAUUCUCCGAAAGAAAAAGAAAUCGAGGAUCUUCAAAUUCUGUUCGACAAACUCCUCGAUCCUGGAUUUAUACUCUAUGUGAUGAUUAUCCUCGGCAGUAGUGUAUUCAUAGCCCUCUUCAUAGCUCCUCGACAUGGACACUCGAAUGUCAUGGUCUACAUUUAUCUAUGCUCUGGCAUUGGAAGUUUGACGGUAAUGUCGUGUAAGGCCUUGGGUCUGGCCAUUCGUGAUACCAUCUCGGGAAAAGUUAAUAAUUUUGCAACUUGGAUGCCAUGGUUCUUGAUUAUUGUCACUUUCACAUUUAUUGCCAUUCAAAUGAACUAUCUAAACAAAGCUUUAGACAUCUUCAACACGGGCAUAGUUACUCCGAUUUAUUAUGUUAUGUUUACGUCGCUAGUCAUAGCUGCUUCGGCAAUUCUCUUCCGUGAAUUCACUCACAUGAAAUUCGAAGAUAUUCUCGGCGAUAUUUGUGGAUUCCUGGUUGUUAUAGUUGCCGUGUUCAUGUUGAAUGCAUUCAAAGAUCUCGAUAUUUCGCUAAACGAUGUUCGUGGUAUAAUGCGUCCGAAAAUUCACAAAGUCGCCCAAUACGAUGAUGAGGUGUUGGUGUCGCGGCAAGAACGCCGAUACUCAUAUGGUUCGGGAGAGGUUUAUCGUAACGCAUGACGAAAGAAAUGAGAAUCAAUUGAAAGGCAAUAAAAUGCA